ACAUAGCUAUUUGUUUUCGUGCGUUGAAUGUUAAUUUUGUAGAAAUGAAGUUCAUUUGAGUUCUAAUUUCUGCAUCAAAAACUGUAAAAAAAUAUAUAUAUUUUAUUUUAUGUGAUUUGUUUUUGAUUAUAUGAUAAUAUUAUGUCUCACGUAUGGUCUGUGACUCCGCCACAUUCAGCAUUUAAUGUUGUUCUGGCACUAAAUUACCUUAAAAUGAGGGCACAAAAGCUUACUUUCACUUCUUGUUAAAACCAAUAACUUAUUCAGAACCUGUAACUGAUUGUGUCUUGUAAGAGUGAAGAAGCAGAUGUCUCAAUCACCAUUUAUUGCAUGUUUUGUUCUAUACCUUUCCUUUGACCUUCUCUGCAAACAAACAAAAUCUUGCCCAUUAAUAGGAAAGAUAACUCUUUAAUAAGGAGAGGUUAAGAAGUUGCUCUCUCCUUUGCAAUUUGCUUGGACACUAUUCACUUCCCUUUUGUUCUCACUUAUAGCUGUGACACAGAGACCAUUGUGUAGUUAGAUAUUUAAUUUCCUUUAUGUCUUUGUAAUAAGUGUUCAUCAUUGUUUUGCCUUUAUUCCUUCACAAAAACGCAAAUCAUAUGCAAGUAUUCUGGAACAUUGAAGAAACUGCUUGGGAAGUCUACUUGUUCUUCCAGUGGUAAUCUCAAGGUGAUUUUUAAUGACUUCCCUGGUGGAGGUGAGAGUUUCGAGCUUUUGUCAAGAUUCUGCUACAACAACUGUGAAUGGACUGUGAUGCCUUCGAACGUAGUCUUCUUGCAUUGUGCUGCUAAGUUCAUGGAAGUCACUAAAGUCUUGGCACAAACUGAGAAGUGUAUGGAGGAGAUUCGGUACUGGGCAUGGCCAGAGGUUCUUCUUAGUUUGAAACAGUGCCAAGAACUUGAAACAUCCUCUGAGGCUGAGUCUUUAGCCGUUAAGUUGAUGGAUGCGCUGGUGGAGAAACUGUGUUUAGCCAUUGAAGCGAGUCCCUCUAGCGCUGCUUGCUCGCCUUCGCCGGAUAGCAGCUUGUUUCGGUUCUCUUGUGACAGUAAAAGCACAGAGAGUUUCAAGAACAGCUCUUCGAGGAUAACAUGGUGGUUCGAUGAGGUUCUUGUUCUAAGUCCUGGCUUGGUUAAAACGUUCUUGAAGCUGAUGGUGUUGAGGAAGUUCGAUAAUGUUACCAUCACUAGGUUCUUGUUCUAUUACCAGAAGGUUAAGUUCUGUUCUGCGUCAUCAAACGAGAAAAGAGAGAUUCUUGAAACGACCGUUGAUACUCUCUACGUGUUGGACCGAAGCUGUGUUCCUUACAAGAGUCUUUUCGGUGUUUUGAGGCUGGCUCUUGGGUUAAACAUAAACAAAAGUGUUAUGAACAAGCUGGAGGUUAUGAUUGGUCAGCAACUGGAACAAGCAACACUCGACAACCUCCUUGUUCCAUCUCCAUCGAAGUCUAGUCACUUGUACUAUGUGAAUCUUGUUCUUAGAUUCGCAAAAGCUUUCCUUGACGGAGGGAAAAGAGGAUCAUCACAGAUGAAGAAAGUGGCGAGGUUGAUUGAUCAGUACGUAGCUGAAGUAGCACCUGAUCCUUGCUUGAAGCCUUCAAAGUUUCUGUCACUCCUCACACUCGUUCCUGACUCAGCAAGAGAGUCUCAUGAAGAUAUCUACCGUGCUAUUGACAUGUAUCUUGAGGCACAUGCAGGAUUAACCAAUGGUGAAAGACUCAACUUGAUAAGAGCUUUGAGUUACGAGAAGCUUUCAGUCCAAUCAAGAGCACAUAUGUCGCGUAACACAAAGUUUCAGGAGAUUGAGACAUUAGAUGAUGAGCAGCAACAAGAACAGAAGCAGCUCGUACUCAGAGUGGAGAAGGUAGAGACUUCAGGAGAGAAUGAGAAGUUGAAAGAGCAUAUAGAAGGGAUUCAGUGGAGGGUGAUGGAGUUGGAGAGAGCGUGUUUGAAAAUGCAGACUCAGAUGGAAGUUAUCAAGAAGAGAACCAAGAGCACUAGCAGAGGAAGCAACAGAUCUCUUCCUAAGCUCUGUUCUUGAUUAGUGUUGAGAACUGAAGCUGUAGCGUUUAGCUUUACUACAAUGAUAUUUGUAUAUAUAGAGUGAUAAAAGAGAGAUCAUAAGAAGUCGAAUUGUAAUCACAGUUUGUUUCUUAUUUUUUCAAAGUAUUUUACUGUAUCUUUUUUUUUUUGCUUGCAUUCACAAAGUUGUAAGAAAAAGUUAAUAUAAGUUCAUUGUAAUGAAUUGUAAUGAGGAGAGAUCUUUAUGUU